AUGCCUGGGCAGAAAUUGGGUGUGCUCGAACUUUGGGCGCAACAUGUGGUCAGAAUCGAAUAUGAAGAUGCGUCAAGGGGUGUAUGCGAUGAGUAUGACGCUGAGUUGACUUUGGCUACCGAAGGUGUGGUCGGCUCAGUGGGCGCGUAUUUCCCGGUAAACGACGUCAGAACAGUAGUAACUAAGGGCAGGAAACUUGAAGGUACAGCAGUCGACUGCAUUGAUUUGCUCAAGCUUGAAGCAAAAUUGCCAGAUCUAAGACUCCCGAAAGGUAUGCUGAUGUUGGCCAAUGGCAACUGGGACACUAAUGCUUGGGACAAAUUCGAAGUGCUGGAAGAGACAGUGAACUGGCUCCAUGGUGGAACAGAUUCCAAUGAGGCAGAUGCGAUUGCUGAGGUGCCUGACGAGACGGGUGCUGUAAACUCAUCCUGGAUCGACGAACUUCUGGAAACGGACGAGCGCGAAUUUGAGAAUAGACUUGUGAAAGCGCUGGACGACACACCCGUAGCAGGGUCUAAAGAUUGA